CUGGGCAAAGUUUGGAGUUGAUCACAGUGACAGCGCUAGGAGUUAUGGCUAUGGCUCCUGCUACUCAGGAGAAGUCUCGUCCUUGUUUCCUGGAAGUACUGUGUAGCACUCUUAUCAUCUUGUGUGUGGCUCUUUCUAUCGUCCUGUCCUCCAUUGCAGUCUGUGAUGGACUCUGGCUGCUAAAGGAGCACCGCAGGUUUGGCCUUUGGUUCUUCUGUGAAGUGGACACAGAGAACUCUGGUGCACCCCCUAUUUGCAGUAGGCAUAUUGCAGAGGAAGUAGGACAGCUCCUGGAUCACGGAAUUGGACUGUGUCGCUGCCUUGUCUGUCUGGCUGUAGUGAGUGCCAUCUUUGGCCUGGAGCUGCUGGUAUUAUCACAGGUGACCGAGGGACGGUCAUCUCGACGGCGGUGGCAUCUAGGGGCGUGGCUUGUGCUGCUGGCAUCAGGAUUGGCUGCUGCAGGGGUCAUGGCCUUUCUGUUUUUAUUAUGGGAUUAUGCUACACCUCUAAGGCUCACACUCACUUUCUGGUGCCAGAUCACUGCAACAUUCCUCUUUUUCCUCAAUGGCAUGGCAGCACGCCAAAUCCAAAAUAUGGCCUAUUUUCUGCCCUCCAGUGGAGUUGUGGGGAAACUGAAUGAGCCAUUGUUGACUAACCACUGCUGAGUUAUGAGCAAUGUUUAAAUUUAUAAAACAAUUUAUUGAAGUUAAUAAACUUAACAGUUUAUCUGUAAAAAUAUCUUUGCAGGUAAACAGAAUGUUUUAAA